UGACAUUCAGUCAACUGCGUCCAGAGCUCUGGGAAGGAAACAACAAAAUGCAAGCCAUUCUCCGCCUUCUUCUGAUCUGCGGAUUAAUCUACACAACGAUCGCUCAAUCGGGAUUUCAGAAUAUAAAUAUAGGAGGAAUCGGUGGAGGAAGAUCAUUCUCAGGUGGCGAUGGCAGUGAUAGGAGUCUUAGUGCCCACAGUUCCGAUGUUGAUAAUCUAUUGAAGAGAUUGGAAUCACUUGAUAACUCUGGCGAUGAUAGAAACAACUGGGGAAACAAUGCAGCUGGAAAUUCUGGAUACGAUACGGAUAGAAGCGGCGAUGACUCCGCAGAGAGAAUAGUCCAGUUCAUUCAAGGCUAGGAUAAUAAGGAUUUAGCCAGAGAAAUAAUUAAGAAUAAACAAAUAUUGAAAUGUAUAUUAAAGCAUUCAAUAAUGCUUAAAAGCGCAAAUUGUGUAAAAUAUGUCGAAACCUUUGUAUAUAUAGAAACCUUUAUUAAACAUUAAUAAAACCAUGUUAAAACUA